AUGAAAAUACAUCCAACGCCGCCUGCCAAACUCGAAGACCCUGGCACAACUUCCCAGUGUUCUUCCUCCACUAAUAUAUCCACUCAAGUGGUGAAAGCAUCGACCAAUUUCGUUCCAGAAAUGACUCGUUCUUCGACUGCUGUAUUUUCUGAUACAAUGAGUCGUUCCUCACUUUCCAUGGAUUCUUCAUUGAAUAUUCUUCGUUUACAACAAACUUUGAAUGGGGAUGAAGGACAACCAUUGGUGAAAAGAGUGUUGAGAAGGGUGUGUCCAGCUCCUCAUUCGUUGCAGAAUGUUUUAAUGCUUAUUUUCUUGUUGCAAACAUUCAUUUGUAUUGGCUCAAUGAUCGUGUUGAUUCAAUCGAGUGGAGAUAAAUCAAUCGAAGACAUUUCCACCAUUCAAUCGGAUGCCAUUGCUCUCUAUAUCAACACUCACAUCUCAACCUCAAAAGCCAUUCUUCAACAAUUACAUCAAUUACUCUCCAAUUCCAAUCAUUUCUUUGGAGAUUCCAUUCCCAAUUUACAAAUUCUUUCGAAACGAGUCUUGUCCUUGUUUGCUCCAACGAAAUUAGGUUAUCCCAUGACUACUCAAUUUUAUUAUGGAAAUAGUUUGCGCAAUUUCAUAUCCAUUGAGAUGACUCAAACGAGACAAUUUGUGUUGAUUCGAGAUGAGAUGGGCACUGUCAUUACAUCGACAUUUAAUGAGUUUUAUGAACCAGUGAAGGAAUAUCAGAGAAAUCCAAAUUAUGAUACCUUAAAGAGAGAUUGGUACAAAGCAGGUCUUAAAAAACAAUAUCCAGAUUAUCAGUGGUCUAAUAUUUUCAGUCGUGUCACAGUGAAGGGUAUUUGCAUUGCUGCCUGUACCACCGUAAACUAUUCGACUUACAAUUACACAAUGAAUUCACAAAACGGAACUCUUGAGAAAAAUCCUGUCACACAAGUCAUUGGAGUGCAUUUUGACAUGAUUCAAAUGGAUUUCCUCCUCAAUCAAACCAUUCUGCAAUUCAGAGAUGUUCAAACUAAAACGAUGGACAUUGUCAUUGUCGAAAGAAGUGGAUAUAUUGUAACUUCUUCGAUUGGAGUCAUUCAAGACACUUCUACCCAAAGAGUGCAUUUGAAUUCCACUUCAAAUGAUGUCUUUUUCUUGAUUUACAACGAAUUGGUGAAUAGAAACAUCUUGUAUGGAGUGAAAGGUCCUUCCAAUUCGAGUCUUUUGUAUUCAGAUGCUUCAAGUUCUAAUACCACUACAAUUGUACUGUUCGUUCAGGGCCAUCGAGUGAGUGUGAAAUUUAUCAACGAUGGUCACGGUAUUGAUUGGGUCAUGAUUUUGAGCGCUGAAAAGUAUGGCUUUGUUAAAACUGUAUUCACAAGUUCUCCAGAAUUAUUGUCCCUUUCCAUUGUGUUGGUGGUCUGUGGAUCAUUGCUGGCAGUUGUCUUGACACAAAUUGUUUCGUACUCAAUCAUGAAAGUCGCACGAGAUAUGAGUCGAAUUGCGAGACUACAAGUCGAUCAAGUUAAAUCUUCGCGAGUGCUAAAAACCGUUCAUGAAUUGGACAUGUUGCAACAAUCGACGAAACUUGUGAAAAGUGCAUUGCAUUCGUUCAUGAAAUAUAUUCCACGAGAUAUUGUCAAGGAUAUUGUCAAGAAUGGAGUUGGCGCAAAACUCGGAGUGGCAAGUUGCAAUACUUCCAUCAUGUUUACAGAUAUAGCAGAUUUUACGAACUUUUCAGAAUCCUCACAUGUCAAUGUCUUGCUAAAAGUCUUGUCAGAAUAUUUUCGAAUUAUUACUGAGGCUGUGGAGGCCAAUCAUGGAGUCAUUGAUAAAUUCAUUGGUGAUGGAACCAUGAGUCUGUUUUCUCACCCACUCUAUCAAGUCGACGAUCAUGCCGAGAGGUGUUGUCAUGCUGCAUUGCAAGCGUUGACUGAAAUUGAAAAAUUUCGACAUGUAUGCAAAAGAAAAGGCUGGCCAGAAGUGAGAAUUCGAGUUGGUAUCAACACUGGAAAUGCCAUGAUUGGAAAUGUUGGAUCUAAGGAGCGUUUCAAUUAUACAGCCAUUGGUGAUACUGUGAACACUGCAGGGCGAUUAGAAACAUUGAAUAAGAGGUAUGACACCACCAUUCUCAUUGGACAAAAUACCUACGAAUUAAUAUCAAAAAAGUUUGUGUGCUUGUUCGUUGAUGUGAUUAAACUCAAAGGAAAAGCAAGACCGAUCGAAGUGUUCACAUUAGAAUCUGAAAUUUCUCAAGCUUCCAAAAAACAAUUAGCCGUUCAGGAUGCUCUUCUUCAAGCAAAGGAUUUCAUGGCUCAUCGAAAAUAUAUGGAAAUGAAUGAAACUCUAGAUACUUUGAUUGAAAACUUGGAUGAAUGGAUUGACACAGAAAACCACAACCGUACAUACAUGGAUGAAGUGAUGGAACUUAAUGCAUUUCGGUCGAGUGUUCAGUUCUAUGGAAAUCCUAACAUUUGUUUCUCGAAUUUGAAUUUUGUGAAGGAGUUGAGAAAGAGAGGUAAAGAAUUGCAAAAACUGUCACAAUCAACUACAGUGGUUACUACAGUGCUAGAUUAUUCUCUGACUCUUAAUGAAAAGUAA